AUGAGAGCCGGAGAAAGCAAACCGGACGAUGCGUUGACCUAUACACAGCUGAAGGGUGAAGAGGAAGAAGAACUGCCACAAAAGAGGCCGCUGGACCGGUCCGUGAGCUGUGUCCUGGACACACCCAAACGGGUACAUACUGCCACUAACACAGAAUAUACCCCCCUUACCGAGCCACUCUCUAGCCCCGGGGAACAGAGCCCCGAGAAACUCCUCGAGGAACAGCGCCCCCCCGGGGAACACAGCCCCGGGGAACACCCCCCGGGGGAGCACAGGGCCGCGGAAAGUCCAGAAGCUCUAGACGCGAGGGAGGCACCGCCUAGCCCAGAAGAAGCACCCACAUGCGAGGGCAGCUCUGACAAUGCUCGGUCUGAAACAGCGGACGGCCCGGAAGGGGAGAAUGCCGAUGGAGUCACGGGGUUACCUCUAGAGUCGACACCUGCGGCACAAACUCGACAGCCGGCCGAAGCAGUCUCGACGGCUGCAGCCGGCACGAGCACAGAACUCACCACUCAUUCGGUCGAUGGCAGGUCAUUGGACGCCAGGUCAGCUUCAGGAAGGUCAGCGGAAGACAGGUCAACGGCGGAAGACAGAUCAGCAGCAGAAGAAAGGUUAGCGGAAGACAGACGGAUAGCGGAAGAGACUCAACGUACCCGCCCGCGUACGUUGGAGCUUGACCCUCGAGCAUUGGAAAUGGGUCCACGGGGGUCGGUGGAAAACACGACGUUGUGGAUCGGGGAUUUGGAGCGGUGGGAGGAUGAGGAGUACAUUUAUGCCUACUUCGAACAGUACUUCCCCCAGUCGGUGACGUCAGUGAAGGUGGCUCGUGACAAGGAUCAGCAGCGUUCGCUCGGUUACGGCUUCGUUGACUUCUGCAGUCGCGAGGUGGCGGAACGUGUGCUCGCCGCCGCACCCGUCUUCAAACGUUCCCACGGCCGCCGUUUCAAACUGACUUGGGCUCGCGGCAAAACACGGCAACCAUUUAACCCCGCUCGACGAGGCUUGACCGCUUCCGGUGGGGUCAUCCAUUCCGCCCCGCAUCUCGGACCAGGUGCCCAUCUGGCACCGCACUUGGGGCCAAGCUCAUUGGCGCCUUCUUCGCACUUUGCGGGUUCGCAGUUCGGCUUGGGGCCGCUGGUCCCGGCGCCGGCGCCGGCGCCGUUCGUGCCCGGGGGCGCGCGGUGGUGUGUGGAUGUACCCAAGUUACCAGCGGGAUGUUCUCACCAGCGACUGCUGGAACUCGUGCUGAAACCACUUGCCCUCGAAGGCUGUACAAUCCUCGAACCUUACGACGGCGACAGUGUUCGUCUCGUCUUCGCAGCUGCCAACGCCUUCUUCGCCUUCAUCGCGCGCUACCGAGACUGGCGAAUCGACCUCGCCGGCCUCACCCUUACCUACGCCGUCCCAGCAGAUGUCAUGGACUCCUGGACCCGCAUGUACGAACAAAGUGUCACCGGAGCCAACGCCGACUACCAAGCCACGCCCCAAUGGCAACGCAUGUAG